UCCCUUCCCCUCUUCCCAUUUCUGGAAUCCAUUCCAUUUUCUUUUACUUUUCUUCUAAUCCGGAUUAACUAAAUCGUCUCUCCUCAACAUCCCAUUAAUCUUCCCCACAACGAAAGAAAUGGCCACCAUUUUCAAAUUCAAGAACAUGAAGCCAUGUUCCAGAAUCCUGUCGCCCUCCAAGAACGUGGGCGUCCCUCUUCCCAAAUCCUCCAAUUUCUCAUCCAUUCCUAAUCACUUCUCCGCUUCCCAAUUUCGUAACAUUCUUGGUCGGACCCAGAAGCGGAAUUCGACAUUGUCUUCGACAUGGGGCCAAUCGAGAAUCUUCUCCAGCUCCGGCGGUUUCAAUUUCAGCAAGAAGGCGAGGGCCCAUUUCGCGGUUGCCAGAGCUGCGCCGCAUUUGAGGAAUUUCUCGGCGCCGGUGGAGAGGCACGUCAGCGACAAGAAAUGCGAUCGGAUUUACGUGAAGGGAGGCAUCAAUGUGAAGCCUACGCCGGAGGAUGAGGGAGUUGAAGAGGGCAGGGAGAAUGUGCGGAAGAAUGAGUGCUCGAGGGAGGCGAUGCUUGCGGAGGCGGGGAAGGAGGAGACUGAUGUGGAGAAGGAGGCUUGGAGGCUGCUGAGGAACGCCAUCGUCACGUAUUGCGGGAGCCCCGUGGGCACUGUGGCGGCAAAUGAUCCCGACGACAAGACGCCGCUUAACUACGAUCAGGUGUUUAUACGUGAUUUUGUCCCUUCUGCCUUUGCUUUUUUGCUCAAGGGUGAGGGUGAGAUCGUCAAGAACUUCUUGCUUCACACUCUGCAGCUGCAGAGCUGGGAGAAAACGGUGGAUUGCUAUAGUCCUGGACAAGGCCUAAUGCCAGCAAGUUUUAAAGUUAGAUCUGUUGCCGUAGAUGAUGAUAAGUCUCAGGAAGUUCUUGAUCCAGAUUUUGGGGAGUCGGCUAUUGGACGUGUUGCUCCUGUAGAUUCUGGACUCUGGUGGAUUAUCUUACUACGAGCUUAUGGGAAGCUCACGGGGGACUACUCGUUGCAGGAAAGAGUGGAUGUCCAGACAGGGAUAAAACUUAUUAUAAACCUCUGUUUGUCAGAUGGCUUUGAUAUGUUUCCUUCUUUACUUGUUACUGAUGGUUCCUGUAUGAUAGAUCGUCGAAUGGGUAUUCAUGGUCAUCCAUUAGAGAUUCAAUCCUUAUUUUACUCAGCUCUCCGGUGCUCUCGUGAGAUGCUUGAAAUAGAGGAGGGAUCCAUGAAUUUGGUGAGGGCCAUCAACAAUAGACUGAGUGCAUUGUCUUUUCACAUCAGGGAGUAUUAUUGGGUCGAUCUGAAGAAAAUUAAUGAGAUCUAUCGUUAUAAGACUGAGGAGUACUCGACCGAAGCCACUAACAAGUUUAAUAUCUACCCUGAUCAAAUUCCUCAUUGGUUAAUGCACUGGAUUCCUGAGACGGGCGGUUAUCUCAUUGGCAACCUGCAGCCGGCUCAUAUGGAUUUUAGGUUCUUCACCCUCGGAAACCUCUGGUCUAUCAUUUCAUCUCUGGGUACUCCAAGACAGAAUGAGGCUGUACUGAAUCUGAUCGAAGCCAAAUGGGAUGAUCUUAUUGGUCAAAUGCCACUUAAAGUGUGUUACCCUGCAGUCGAGUCAGAGGAGUGGCGAAUAAUCACUGGAAGCGAUCCCAAGAAUACACCUUGGUCGUAUCAUAAUGGUGGAUCCUGGCCAACACUUCUAUGGCAGUUCACGCUGGCGUGCAUGAAGAUGCGUAGGACGGAUAUGGCGAAGAAGGCUCUGGACAUAGUUGAGAAACGGCUUCCUAUGGAUGGGUGGCCUGAAUACUACGACACAAAGAACGGGAAGUUCAUAGGGAAGCAGGCGCGGUUGUACCAGACAUGGUCUAUUGCAGGAUACCUGACAUCGAAGAUGCUGAUGGAGAAGCCGGAUGCAGCUGCCCUUUUGUUGUGGGAGGAAGACUACGAUAUUCUCGAAAACUGUGUUUGUGCUGUGAGCAACUCCAACCGGAAGAAUUGCUCGCGCAUGCUUGCCAAGUCUCAGAUUUUGGUCUGAUCUAUUCUACUUUGGAUCAAGAAAACACCAUUCAUAUAAUGGUGCUGUGCUGUACUGUACUGUACAGACGAUAGGUUAGUAGUUGUUUUUUUACAAUUGUGAAAUGUUAGAGAUGUCAAAUGUUGUAUACUAAUAUAGCAAGGAAAAUAGGAGAGCCCCAUAUAUUUUGUAAUGGUGGCGUGGCCAGGAUUAAAUUCAUAUAUGAAUUUGAGUCACAUUUCUCUUUUUUUCCAUCA